AUGACACGGAUUAGUAGGAUAUUAGGAUAUUUAACGAAUAAAUAUCCAAUCUAUAGUAAUUAUCUUAAAAAUACGAACAAUUAUAAAUUGGCAAUAUCAAAAAAUGUUGCAAUUACUAAAAAUGCGUAUAAUCAAGCUAAUACAACAUAUUAUUACAAUGCAAAUGAUAUUGUACAAAUAUCCUCAGAGUGGAUGAAAGAUUUUGCUAAUAGUUUUAGAAUUACAGAAGCGUUAGAUCAACAAGUUGACAGAAGUUUACGUGAUAUUCUAACGAAAAUUUUAAUUGAAUAUAAACAAGAUCGAACAUCAAUAAUUAUUUUAAUAAAAAAUUAA